AAGUUGCGUUGGCCAUUCAUCCCCCACUUAUGGAAGACGAUGAAAACAGGCCACCGCUCGUGUUUAUCUUCACCCAGGAACAGGAAGUUAUUUAUCAACCACUAAAAUUGUUGAGUAAAGAAAAAGAUUAUAGAUUGUCAGCACGAGCCAGAGGGGGUGGUUUCAGUAGCCAAGUUAAAGCAAUAAGAUUAGCCACCGCCCGCGCCUUACUAGAAGUUUCUCCGGAAUAUAAAACCAUUCUAAGGAACCACAAUGACGCAAACGUUAGUUUAAUUGUAGUUUUGCUGGUUGCUCAAAAUUUCGAGCACAGGCUUUUGGAAAUUGAUGGAUUAAAUUAA